AUGGGAAGCAGGCGCUUGCUCCUGCUCUCGGGUCUCGGUGUCUUGCUGGCUGUGUCAGGACCAGAAGCCAGGAAUUCUGGAGCCGUCUGUCCUCAGUGCCCUGAGCAUGCCUCCUGCCACAACAGCACCCACUGUGCUUGCGAAGAUGGAUUCCAGUCCAGGUCUGGGAGGAGAUACUUUCUCAGCUCCCGUGAGACGUGUGAAGAGAGCAGCAGUGGAAGGGAACAGUCACCAGUGAAUAUUUGGUCAAGCGAUCUGCUUGUCUCGGCUCCCAAAGAGGAUCCUGUGCUGACCGUGAUCACCCACGUGGGGCUCAUCCUCUCCCUGCUGUGCCUCUUCCUGGCCGUCCUCACCUUCCUUCUGUGCCGGCCCAUCCAGAACACCAGCACCACCCUCCACCUGCAGCUCUCCCUCUGCCUCUUCCUGGCCCACCUCCUUUUCCUCACAGGCAUCAACAGAACUGAGCCUGAGGGGCUCUGCUCUGUCAUUGCAGGGCUGCUGCACUACCUCUACCUGGCCGCCUUCACCUGGAUGUUCCUCGAAGGGCUGCACCUCUUCCUCACCGUCAGGAACCUCAAGGUGGCUAACUACACCAGCUCAGGACGAUUCAAGAAGAGGUUCAUGUACCCCGUAGGCUAUGGGAUCCCGGCUGUUAUUGUCGCUGUGUCUGCAAUAGCUGGACACAAAAAUUAUGGAACAUAUACUCACUGCUGGCUCAAGCUUGACAAAGGGUUCAUUUGGAGCUUCCUGGGGCCGGUGGGAGUCAUUAUCUUGAUAAACCUGGUGUUCUACUUCCAAAUUCUGUGGAUUUUGAGAAGCAAACUUUCCUCCCUCAAUAAAGAAGUUUCCACCAUUCAGGACACCAGAGUCAUGACGUUUAAAGCCGUCGCUCAGCUGUUUGUGCUGGGAUGUUCCUGGGGCCUUGGUUUUUUCAUGGUUAAAGAAGUAGGGAAGACGGUUGGCUUGGUCAUCGACUACUUAUUCACCAUCGUCAACGUCCUGCAGGGGGUGCUGCUCUUUGUGGUCCACUGUCUCCUGAAUCGCCAGGUAAGGCUCCUUAUGUCAUUGCCCAUCAUCCUAGCCCCAGCGUCUUAG